AUGACCAGAACGAAUUUAUUCACAUUUGGUGUCCCCAAGAUUAUAUUCUAUAUUGGGUUAUUAUGUGGAUGUAUAUUAAAUGAAACAGUAACAGAAAAAACAAUUUACAAUUAUGAAAUACCAAUCAAACCAAGAAUAUCUCAUCGACAGAAGCAGUUGCUAAAGUCAAUCCAUGUGCCAGAGAUUAGUUUUGAAGUUUAUGGAGAAUUUCCAACAAUUAAGCACUUUGAUUUAUUUGAAGAUGAGAUAACUUCCAAAUAUCAAAAAAUGUCACGAUUUCUAAAUUUACGAGAAAAGCGCGACUUACAAAACUCAGAGGAAACUUUUUUAAGUGAUAAACAUUCAGUUUUGAUUAAAAGUAGAAUUCAUUCUCCAUUGAAGAAUUGGGAUGAUAAAUUAACUGAUCCACAAUCUAAAAUAUACAAACUGUUAUCAACUAGUUAUUGUGAAUUUUUACUACAAAGUUUUCGGCAUGCGAAUACAAGUCAAUUUAAACAACCAAAAUGUACGUUUAUAGAAUUCACAAAAGGUUCUAUUAUACUCAACGCAAUACUAACAUUUAACGAAGCGAAUUAUUCACUAUUAUCUUCACAAGAUCUAUCAAAUUUAUUGAUAAAAGGCAGUGAAGAAUUGAUCAAUUCCAUAAUUAAUGAUAAAAAUUUUUCUCUAGAAUUCAAUUUUAAUGGAGAUUUUUCACUCAGAUUGACUGAAAUAAAAGAAGAAACUACUGUAUUACUUCCAACAUCACAACCUCUAUCAUCAUCAUCAUCAUCAUCAUCACCACUUUCGAUCACGACGAUGACGACAACAAUAACGAUGGCUGACGUAAAUGAAAUGUACUCAUACAUGAGGAGUUCUAUGGAUGAAAUUCAAUCAAGUGUGAAUUUUAGCAGUGAUUUUAUGGAUACAGAACAAUCAUUGGCAUCAACAUUAUCUUAUGGUGAAACCAUAGAUACAACAACAUAUAGUGUAGCUUUGAAUUUUACAAUUCAAGGAACUAAUAGUUCACUAACAUGGGAUGAUGAUCUACUGAACACCACUUCAACCACUUAUCAAGAACUAUCUCGAAAUGUUUGUGAACUACUUUUAGCAGCUAUGAGAUCAAUUUUAUCAUCUCUAUGGAUUGUUGAAUGUGGUACCAUAAAAUUCAGAAAAGGGUCCAUUGACGUUGAUGCUGAGCUUAUUUUAAUAGCGAAUUCAUCAUCAUUUGUUACAACACUUGAACCUACAUCAACUGUGUUAAAUGAUACUAAUAUAAUCAAAGGAAUAAAUGAGUAUGUUUCAACUGUGGAUCAAAAUAAUACAUUUGGAAUUUACAUUGAUCCAAAUUCAAGUAUCUCAUUAUCAUUGAUAACGAUAAGUAUGGAAUCAACAAUACCGUAUGACGAUCAGGUUAUAUCUGAUGUCAUAUCAUCUGAAACAUCUUCGUCUUCAGAUUUCCCAGUUAGUGUGUAUUCAACAAGUACAGGCGAUGUUUCUCCAUAUGAUUCAGUCUCAUCAAUGCUGACUAGAUUGAACAAGUCUUUGGAGUGGAAUGACAGUUUAUUGGAUCCUAGUUCCGAUUUAUAUCGAAAUUAUUCAGCUGAAAUUUGUAAUUUGCUUUUGGACAGCAUAUAUUCAACUAAUAUUGAGGGAAUAAUCAAUGUUAAUUGCACAGUUGUUGGCUUCUCGCGUGGAUCAGUUGUUGGAAAUGCAGUAUUAGUCAUCGACCAUAGUAGCACAAGUGGGAAUUUCUCAUCGACUGAAGUGACAAAAGACACUGUUCGAAAUGCUGUUGUGGCAUACAUAGCAGAAAUGGUUGCCAAUGGGUCGGAGCAAGUGUACUUCGAUACAUCAAGUGGCUUGACAGUAGAAACUGUAAUCGAUGUGGCAACCACUGAGGUGAUCACUGAAUCUCAGAAUACCGAAGAUAACAAGACUACGGGUAAGUAA